CACUCCCUACUCCUCCACACACACACACCAGAAGGCCUAGAAAGAAAGAAUAUCUUCACCAAAACGCUUCUUCCUUCUGAUUGAGAAGAAGAAGAAGAAAGUGAAAGCACAAGCAGAAGUUUGGUAGGAUCAGAAAUCACUUAUAGACUUUAUUUACUAAAGAGAUAGGGGGGAUAUAGAUUGAUUUUUCUUUCUAGAUGUUUAGUUUAGAGUUACAAAGAAGAAAAUUACUACUAUUAAAUCGAAAAAUUCUUGUUUGGUUUGAUGCUUGGAGAACAUACAGGUGAAAUUUAUUGUUCAAAAUUAUUACUAGUUCUGCUAAUACAGUAUGAGUUGCUUUGAGGAUGGAAGCCAAAAAGAAUUGAAGAAUCAAACAGCAACAACAAAUUCAAAUUCUUCUUCUUCUACUGUGUUUCCUGCUGACAAGUUUGAUAUUGAUAAGAAAUUGCUAAUUGAUCCCAAAUUACUCUUUAUUGGAGCUAAGAUUGGUGAAGGUGCUCAUGGCAAGGUUUAUGAAGGAAGGUAUGGUAACCAAAUCAUUGCAGUUAAAGUUCUUAGUUGUGGGAGUAAUCAAGAAGAACGAGAUGUAUUGGAAGGACGGUUUGUUCGUGAAGUUAGUAUGAUGUCUAGAGUAAAACAUGCCAAUCUUGUUAAGUUUAUUGGAGCUUGUAAGGAUCCCAUAAUGGUGAUAGCUACGGAACUGUUGCCUGGGAUGUCACUGAGGAAGUACUUACUCAGCAUCCGGCCAAAACGACUUGAUAUUCGCGUGGCUAUAGGUUAUGCACUUGAUAUUGCUCGCGCCAUGGAGUGUUUACAUGCCAAUGGAGUUAUACACAGAGAUUUAAAACCUGAUAAUCUCUUACUUACUGCAAAUCAGAAGUCUGUGAAGCUUGCUGAUUUUGGUCUUGCUAGAGAAGAGUCAGUGACUGAGAUGAUGACUGCAGAAACUGGAACGUAUCGGUGGAUGGCUCCUGAGUUGUACAGCACUGUGACAUUGCGGCAGGGGGAGAAGAAACAUUACAAUAACAAGGUUGAUGUCUACAGCUUCGGUAUCGUUCUAUGGGAGUUAUUGACUAAUCGGAUGCCAUUUGAGGGCAUGUCCAACUUGCAGGCUGCUUAUGCUGCUGCAUUUAAGCAAAUGAGACCGAGUCUUUCUGAGGAUAUACCACCUGACCUCGCAUUCAUAGUUCAGUCGUGUUGGGUUGAAGAUGCUAACGUUCGUCCUAGUUUCAGCCAGAUCAUCCGUAUGCUCAAUACAUACCUCUUCACUCUUUUGCCUCCACCACCUCCUCCGCCAGAACCUGCAGCAACUGUCAAGGAGGCUGUCCCAUGUAAGGCGAUCAUCACCGAAUCAUCUGCACGUGCGAAAGGGAAGUUUGCGUUCCUUCGCCAGUUUUUUACCAUGAAGCGCACAAAGACCAUAUGAUUAAAGGGCACACUGUCUAAGAGAUUCUAGUUUCUCCUGCUACAGAAAAAAAAAGAACAAACCAUCUGACCCAUAUAAUAUACACAUCCUGCAAAUACUAACCAAGGAUGAACAACCCAGAAAGAAACAGAAGUAGGAAAAGUGAAUCAAGAUAAUCUCUGACCUCUUUUUUUACUUAUUGUACACAACUUGUGGUUAUGUAGCUUCAAUAAUCGGCUGUUGAUAUUUUGUACAAUCUGUUAUCAAAAAACAAAUUAGCUUCAUUUUACGGUGAAUAGUCGACUCUUUCGUGUGUUA